AUGCUGGAGCCCGACAUCAUCCAUGUCAUCCCGCCCUAUCUCCUCCACACGUGCCUCGGGCUGGAAUUGGAGCGUGAGCUUGCGUUGGUAGACCCAACUUUGGCCCAGUACAACUUUUUCCCGGUCCAAAGCUCCAAGUAUCGCUUCAGAACACCCACAGACAUCGUCCGUACGCCGUAUGCUAUCAGCGAGGACCCGGAGAUUAACAGAAUCAUCAUGGAGAAACUCCAUGCUCGUUUCACGGCUUUUGGGUUGUUGGGCUCAACUCCGGGCCAAAAGUUGUCCAAUAAGGAGCUCUAUGAAUUGUACGAACAGCUCGGGAAACGAUUGAUUGGUGCAUACGAUACUGCGGCUGCCAAAGUGGGUUCUGGUGCCGAGUACGUCGACGCUGAGGACCUAGAGGUGGCACUGAAAGCCACGAAAGGCGUACCUGUGAAAAGCAUCUUUAACCAAAAGGGGCUUGGCGAAUUCCGCUUCGAACCGGGAUUCGGAAAGGAAGAUUCGGAGGUAGAACGCCGGCCUUUGGAGGAACUUCUAGCUAUCGCCAACCAGCAGGAAGAGAACAAGUUCUUCUUCUUCCCAUACUUGAUGAUCGAUAACCACAAAUCGUUUCUUUCGCCUCUUCCCAUGUACUGGACAUCUCUAUCUGUGAGCGAGCGUCAGUGGACAUUGGAGAAAAAACUCAACAUGUCCGUGGGCUUUGAAGACGGAUACUCCGUCCUCAACUUCAGCACAGUAGCUCCACUUGAUGAUGAACUUGACUCCCAUCUGGCUUUGCAGGCAAGGCAAUACUUCAACUUUAUUUCGGAUAAGGAAGUCAAGGAGCGCACGGGUAUUUUUUAUUAUGAGGUCACUGUAGAGCAAAAGACCACCAAGUCGAUAGGAGACACUACAAUCAUACAAAUUAACGAUGAGUCUGUUUCUUCCGGCUCAUGUAUAGUAUUUUCUGCGGGCUACUCCAAGCGCGCCACUCGGUUCACUCCUCCAGAAAGCUCUACUUCAACACCUCUGUGUCCAUAUAUUGACUUGCAAAACAUACUGCAGAAACUCCUGAAGUAUGAUUGUACCUCUAGAUCGUCUCCUCUAGAUCCUGAAUUGGCCAAAUUCCUCUCUGGGGAGCCUGGUGUUACUUUAGACGGUAGUGUGGCUGUUAGUUUCAACAACUCAUGUUCCUACGCUCCGAUUAAACAAAAUCGUGACUUGUCUAAUGGUGGAUGGGGCCGUCGCUUAAGUCACGGUGCUCGCCAUCAUCCAGGUGAGCCGGAGAUCAGCGACUUGGGGAUUGACAUUCCAUUCAGCACGACCUGUAAAAUCAUGCCCGAUACAGAUAAACUAUACACAUCCGACGUGGUGGGAUUUGGAGUCAACUUCAUCGCCAAGACCCUCUUUAUUACUGUGAAUGGUAUUAUUGUGAAAGUCAUAACUGACGAAGAAAUGAAAUCUGGAUCACCAUACAAGGACUCCCUCUUCUCGCAUGGUACAGACCCCACAUCCUUGUAUCCAACAAUUGGCUUCCAGCUAUCUCGCUCUCUUAUUCUGAACAAGAACCAUGGCUUUUCUGAGACCUCUGUGCGCACAAACUUUGGCCAGCGCAACUUCAAGUUUGACAUCGACAACUAUGUGCAAAGUUUCAAGGCUUCUCAAGACAAGGAGUAUCAGCAAAGUAUUGGCGAUGCUAUUGAAUCUCAAAUCACAAGUGAUUCACCUAUAUCCAACCCAAAAUCGCUCAUGGGUGAGAGCGCAGAAGAACAUGUAUUUCUUCAGUAUUUGAUAGAAAGCUAUUUAUCCCAAAAAGGGUAUCUCGACACUUUAGAUGCAUAUAAGCUAGAUCUCGCAGACUUGGCGUCGCAUGUGUACAAGAAUGGUGACUCUAACGGAGCAGGACCGCUUCACAAGACUAAAAGCGACGUCCUGAUGAGAUCUCAGAUACACCAGCACUACGAGAUCAGAUCCCAGAUCCUCAAGGGUGACUAUGAUGGAGCAUGCUCCCUAUUGCAAGAGCGCUUCAGUUCUCUUCCACAUUUUGAAGAGUGCCGCUUCGAACUUGCGCUACUAUCCUUUCUUGAAACAGUGUCCAAAUUUACGCAAACGCAACCAUCUGAAGAGCCAAAGCCUGAUAAAAUAGCUAUUAUCAAGGAGUACCGUGCUUUGAAAAAUGAUAGGAUGUGCUCGUCGCACAUAAUGCACAGUCUCGAGACUCUUUUAAGCGCGGUUUUCGCUGAGCAACGCGACGAAGCUACGUGGGAUGAAGAUACCAAAAUCAUGCAAACCAGGCUAGAAGAUGCUCUCAAGCUCGCCGAGUUCAUCAACAGUAUGAUUCUUGGCCAAGAUAAAGUGGAAAGAGACCCACGCUUAGAGUCCAUGGUCAACGAGACCAGAAAGAACAUCAGCGAAUUGGCCGAGCUGAAAGACGACUUUUUUAAAUUGUUGAAUUUCGACAGAGAGUAUCUCAAUUAA